UAGCCAGCUCGAAGUGCCACGACUUCAGACCACGGAUCCUCCAGCGGAGUGAGGGGGAGAGCACUGGAAAAAAGCGACUUAGCCAGAUAUCUGGAUAUAUAGGAAGCUUCGCAAAAGAGUCAUUUCAUCUGUAACUCAUAGCUUUUUUUUUCUUUGGACUCAGUCCAUCCAUUUUCACGCAAGCAGACGCAGCUUUUUAUCAGCAGCGGGAUUCACUAAGAUUCAACAAUGGAUAUCUACGACCCCCAGACCCUAGGAAUUAUGGUGUUUGGUGGAUUCAUGGUAAUCUCCGCUGUCGGGAUUGCCCUUGUCUCCACCUUCUCCAUGAAGGAGACCUCUUACGAGGAGGCCCUGGCCAAACAACGCAGAGAGUUGGGUAAGAUGCAGUCUGUGCGCUCUGACAAAAAGAAGAAGGACAAAGUGUCUGAGAAGAAGAGCCGUGGAAAGAAGAAAGAAGAGAAGCCCAAUGGAAAGAUCCCGGAGCAGGAGAAAACUGAAGAGGCUGCUGACGCUGAAGUUGACACAGUUAUUGAGCCUGCCGCUGCCCCAGUUGUAGCCGCUGCUCCUGCUCCAGUUCCCGACCCUGUUCCUGAGGUUAAAUCAACUGCAGCUCCGGUGGCGGCAGAGCCGCAGCCCAAGACUGCUGCUGAACCGAGCCCCGUUGCAGAGCCCUCUCCUGCACCCUCACCUAAGGACAAGAAGAAGAAGAAGGUGGCGAAGGUUGAGCCGGCCUCUUCCCGGCCUGCUCCACCUGCGUCUGCUCCUGCACCCGUCAAGUCCUCUGCAGCUCCUCCAGUGACCCAGGCUCCUGUGGCCGCCCCAACUAAAGCAGCCGCCCCAUCCCCUGCACCUGCCCCGGUCAAGUCUGCCCCUGCCUCCGCUAAGUCUGCCCCUGCCUCCGCUAAGUCUGCUCCUGCCCCAGCGUCAGCUAAGUCUGCUAAUGCUGCCACCAAAUCUGCCCCUGCUGCUGCUCCUGCAUCAGCUAAGUCUGCGACUGCUGCAUCCAAAUCUGCCCCUGCACCAGCCAAAUCUGCUCCUGCACCAGCCAAGUCGGGCCCCGCACCAGCCAAGUCUGCCCCUGCACCAGCCAAGUCGGCUCCAGCCAAGUCCAAGACUACCCCAGUCUUGGAGGCUGUCACUAAAGAUGUCCCAGUCAUGGCCGUGCCUCCAGUGGGAUCUCAGCAGGCCCCUGCUGCUGCAGCGAAAGCACAAGAGCCCAAGAAGAAAGCUUCCAAGAAAAAGGCCGAGCCUGUGGUGGUCGUGGAUUCUGCCGAUGCUCCGCUCUACCUGCCGUACAAGUCUCUGGUGUCCACCAUCAAAAGCAUGGUGUUCAGUGAGGGAGAAGCUCACAGGCUCAUCGAGAUUCUGUCUGAGAAAGUUGGCAUCAUUCAGGACACCUGGCAUAUGGCCACUCAAAAAGGAGACCCAGUUGCAAUGCUGAAGAAACAGCUGGAGGAGAGGGAGAAACAGCUGGCGACAGAACAAGAGGACGCUUCAAUUGUGAAGAACCGUCUGAGGGACCUCACAAAGGAGCUGUCUGCUGAGAAGUCCAAGGUGGCCAGCGUGGAGACGAGACUGAGUUCUCAGCUGAGUAAGAGAGAACAAGAAAUGAUUGCUCUGCAGGCUCGCAUGCAGGCCAGCUACCAGGACCAUGUGGCCCAGACCCAGAGGCUCAAUGCUAAGAUACUGAGCCUGCAGGACCAACUGGAAAAAGGCCCCAAUGCCCAACUUGCUCGUCUACAGCAGGAAAACACCAUCCUGCGCGAUGCUCUCAACCAAGCUACUAGUCAAGCUGAGAGCAAACAAAAUGCCGAACUGGCCAAGCUGCGUCAGGAAUGUGCAAAGUUAACCAAGGAGCUGGGAGAGAAGACAGAAAGUCUGCAUGCUGAUGAGCACGUCAGGAAGGGCCUGGAGGCAAAGGUCUCCGCUACUGAGAAGCAGCUUGCACUGCUACAGACCAGCCACGCAGAGAGCGAGCAGGCGCUGCAGAGGAGACUGGAGGAGGUGUGUGAGGAGCUGAGAACGACGCAGAGCAGAAACGGGAACCUGCAGGCCACUCUGGACAAGGCCCAACAGGACAGCAGCACAGCCACAGACUUCCAAGUGCACAUUGGGAAAUUGGAAGCUGAGAUCAAGGAGCGCUCGGCUCAGGUGGACGCACUCACCAAGCAGCUGGAGGAGACACAGGCAGAGAAAGGCCAGCUUGUCCAGCAAGUGGCAUCCAUCAACUCACUGUUGGAGGCCAGUCAGAACAAAAAGGAGGAUAACGACCAACAGGCGAAUACUGCUGAGCUGGAACAUCUUAAGCUCAGCCUCCAGGAGAAAGACAGCCAGCUGAGCACACUUCACGAGGAACUGAAGCAGCUGCAGGCAAAGCAGGAAUCUGCUGAGAACACUAUUCUUGAGCUCGAGCAAAGGAACAAGAGCGAGGAUGCCGGCGUUAUCACUUCGCUUCAGGAUGAACUCAAAAGCCUCAAAGAAGAAAUGGUGCAACUUAAGAACACACCACAGCUAGAUGGCUCCACGGAACUCGCACAACUACAGACCAGUGUGACUGAGAAGGAUGCCUUGGUCACAUCACUACAAGAGGAACUCAGAGAAGCAAAAGAAAAGACGGCCACUGAUGCAAAGUCUUUGGCUGCUUUUCAAACUGAAACCAAAGAAACUCUCCAGACACUCUUCCCACAGAUACCUGUAGAGACAGAGCAGUCCAACUGGUUACAAAUAUUUACGCAGAAAGCUCAGGGGGCCCUCAGCCAGGAGAGCCAGCAGUCUCCGUCAAGCACAGAGCUGCUCGAGAAGCUGAAGGAAGCGGAGGAGAGCCAUGGCUCUCUGCAGGCUGAAUGUGAACAGUACAGAUCGGUUCUAGCCGAAACGGAAGGAAUGCUGAAACAUCUGCAGAAGAGCGUGGAGGAGGAAGAGCUGGUAUGGAAAGCCAAGAUGGCUAACACGGAGGAGCAGCUGAAGGAGGCUUUGCAGAAAGUCAGCGAGCUGGAGACAGAAAACCAAAGUGUAGGACAGAUGAAGGAGCAGAUGAUGCUUCUGGAAGCCCAGCUGGAGAAGCAGUCAGACAACCAUUUGGCCUCAGAGGAGCUGGAGCAGCUGAAGCUGCAGCUGUCUGAGCGUCAGAGCCAGCUGGAUGCGGCCCAGGAGGAGGCCAAGGCCCUCAAGGAGGAGCUCGAACAGGUCAGAGAGCAGCUGGGCGAGAUCACGGUGCGGGCUCAGCGAGAACAGAAUGGCCCAGCUGAGGCCCAACCCAGUCAGGUCCAGAAAGAGUUUAUUCAAACAACAGAGAAUUUGCACGGGGAGGUGGCUCAAAGGCAGCAGCUCACAGAAGAGAUCGAGCAGGCGCAGAGCACUAUUGCAGAACUUCAAGCUCAGCUGGAUCUUUUAAAGGAAUCUGCAGAGACUCCGCAGUCUGACAAUGAAGAUGUAACUGAGCUCAAGGAGCGCCUGGAGAAGGAGAAGAAGCUGUCCAAUGACCUGGGCCAGGCGGCCACCAAGCUCCAGCAGCUUCUUAAAGCCACUCAGGAGCAGCUGACCAAAGAGAGAGACACAGUGAGAACACUACAGGAGCACCUGGAUGGCAAGGGAGAGUACGUUGAACUGAAGGAAGGGACGUCCGUCUGAGAAGGACUUCACUACAGACACUACACAAAAAAACUGCCAAAUAUGCCUUAUGAUUACCAUACUUAUGCAUUCCCAAAUUAUUUUUUUUUUCCUUGUAGUUGAUUGCAUUUCUUGCAACUGUAGGACUUGAGUAUUAUGAACAUUUCAAACUAUGAUUAGAGGAGGGAGUUCUGCUGCGAUCUUUACUGAAACCCACAUUCCAUCAACGAUUCUGGCUAUGUCAGAAGUUAUUUAUCUCCCCUGCCUUAUAUUCCAAACAUUUCCUCAUAGUUCAGUGUUAAAAGGGAAACCGAUUGUACGUCAAACGUACAUCAGCCUGUGCAAUUACUUUGUUUUGUUGUCUUUUCUAUGUGGUUGAAUGAUGGGAACAUUUUUAUGGUUAAUGGAUUCAGUUCCUUCAGGGCCUGCUUUCCUCUGUAGCCAGCUGCCAACAACACACAACAAAUAUGAAUUUGUAUGAAUGAAUAAACUACAGUGUGUAGCA